GCAUCUCAUCGCUGGCGGGUUGCCUGCGAACUGAUGCGCACAGCAGGGCAGUCCGUGCAACGCAGCGUGGUCAGUUUCAACGCCGCCAUCUCUGCCGGCGCUUGGCGCAGAGCCACCCUACAGCUGCAGGAGAUGAAACGCCUGGCCCUGCAACCGAAAAGCAGUAGUUUGAACGCCCUCAUCGCAGCAUCGCCGGCCUGGCAGAGAUGCUUGGUCUUGUUGGAGGCGCCGGACCUUGCCGUGGGCCCUGCCGGGUUGGGCGCAGCGGUGGCAAAGAUGCCGUGGCCUUUGGCGCUGCGGCUACUGGAGGAGGUGGCGAAGUUUGGACUUGAGCCCAAUCUGAUGAUGGUUGGUGCAGCCCUUGAGGGCUGCAGUUUGCCGUUCGCGUUGAGGUUGCUGCAAGAGGCCGACAAUCAGCUGGGCCUCCGGAGGGAUGUGGUCGUGUUCAACAUCGCCAUGGCCAACUGCGAAAAAGCGGGGGCUUGGAUGCAGGGCUUGGAUCUUCUACAGGAGCUUCCCACCUUACCGCUGCAUGCAGAUGUGAUCGAGUACAACUCCAACAUCUCAGCCUGUGGGCAUUGCAUCCAAUGGCAACAAGGUUUGCAGCUCCUCCGGAGCGCUGUGUCGGUAUCUCUUGAGCCCAGCGUGAUCACGGUGAAUGCCAGCACCACGGCGUGUGAGAAGGCGUCGCAAUGGUGUGAGGCCAUUCAGCUGCUGUCCUUCGCUUCCGACGCUGUGACCUUUGCCGCCUGCCUGGCGUGUAGCAUCGCCUGGCCGCGGGCAAUGCAGCUACUGAGCGAGGCACAACGCAGGCGUUUGGGCAGUUUAGUGUCUUACAAUGCAGCAGUCAGCGCCUGCGUUGAGGGCCGCCAGUGGCAAAUGGCACUGCAACUCUUGGUACAGGCAGAGUCUGUCGACGUCAUCACGUACAACGCCACCAUCUCCGCGUGUUCCUGGCGUUUGGCCGUCGCCCUGCUGCGCAGUUUGCGUACCGACGCGUCGCUGCGGCCCAAUGUGUUGACCUAUGGUGCUGCCCUCUUGGCCUGUGAGCGCCACCCCUUGGCCCUGAUGACUUUGCGUCAGCUGCUGGGAGAAGUGGAAGAGUUGGGGCAUCAACUCACGGCCGAUCUCACCAAAAUUUCUGAGGAUUCUGGUUGA